CCGCACCACCACAUCACCGUCCAGUAGUCCAAGAAGAGUGUCAGAGUCUCCUUCUUACUAACGGCACAGCUCUCGGGUUAAUCCUAGUACCUAUUAUUGUAACUUGCCUGCUUGCCUGGAGUCUUGUCGUCUCCAGCCGUUGUGGUUAUCAUCUGCCACCCAGCUACCUUCCUGCAUUCCUCGACCUCCACCAGGACAAGGAAAUCGACGUCAUCCACUUUCCAACCACCCACCCACUCCUUCCUUCCAUCGUCGCAUCUCGUUUCCUUUGUCCUUCACCGUCCCUCACAGGUCUUGCACCUCAUCACCCCGUAGCUCUCCACCUUCUCAUCACCUUCCUUUCUCAAUCACCACCAUCUAUCACUCCCACCCAACUCCCUCGUCCUGUUCAACUGCAACAGCGAGAUAUACCUGCAGCACUCACACAGACUCAUCUCCUUCCGCGCCAUGUCCUCGACGAGAUAGCUAUCAAGCUAGCUUUCCAACUUGGACCGACUUUCCUCACAUCGCGCCAGUGCACCCCUGACAGCCAACUUGAGCUCUCAUCGCUUUCCUCGACUUCAACAUGGCUUCCAGACCCAUUACCCCCCUCUCCGCCAUUCCCGGGCCAAUCUCCCCAAACGCAGCUCACUCGAUGCAUUCUGCGCAUGUCAACAGCAUCAAGCCUUCUUCGAGAGCCCCCUCCUUCUCUGGAACUCAACCCAUAGACACCAUUUCCAGAGAAGAACAAUCUCAGAACGCUGUGCACCAACAACCUUCUCUCCUUUCUCACAGCAAUUAUGAUGAGGAUCCUCCCCGGUCAACUCUGAAUGAAGAUGCGCCCGAGCUUCCUCGCUCCAAUUCUCAGCUCUCGAACUCCCAUUCUGCUUUACCAUCAAGAGGUGGCACCUUGAAAAAGAAAGCCUCCCUCCAUAAAAGCUCAAGCUUGAAGAGAACCGCUAGCAAACGUAGUAGCUACGCUGGCUCUGUUCGGAGCUUGCAGCUGGGAGAGAAAGAAAAGUAUGGAGAGACUGAGGAAACCAACAGCGUCUUCUACUGCCCUGUUCCAACUUCAGGUAACCCAACAGAGCUUCUUGCGAAUCGCUUUCAAGCAUGGCGAAAGGUUCUCAAAGACCUGAUCAACUACUUUAGAGAUCUGCACAGGACAUACGAAACUCGUGCCAAAUCCCUCAUCUCUACCUCAAAUGUCAUCAAUAACACUACCCUGCCCCCAGGUUUCCUCAACGCUGGUGGUAUCGGAGACGCAGCCUACAUUCUCAGAGACUUCCACAAACAAGCUCUAAAUGAAGCCAACAAAGCUCGCGACCUCCACAAUGAAGUAAUAAUCCAGCUGACCGGCCUUCGCAGUGAUCUACAACAGAAGAUCAAGGAAAUUAAAAGCCUGUCCGGCGAUUUUAAGAAUUCGGUGGACAAAGAGCAAAACAACUCGAAAAAUGCUGUUCGCCAACUUCAGGAGGCUUUAGGGUCCGUUGAUCAUGAUGCUGCUGCAACAAGCGGCAAGGGGGAUCCAUUCCUUGUCAAGCUCUCCGUUGACAGACAGAUUGAACGUCAAAUCGACGAGGAAAAUUACCUCCAUCGGGCAUACCUGAACCUUGAGGCUUCUGGCCGUGAACUCGAGUCGAUUGUCGUCGGCGAGAUUCAAAAGGCGUACAAUGUCGUUGCUGGCAUUCUCCGUCGUGAAGCAGACGACUCAUACGACGCAGCCGAGAAAUUGAAGGAAGGUCCUUUGGCAAUGACCAAGGACCAUGAAUGGGACGAAUUCGUCACCACAAAUAACCAGAUGAUCGACCCGAGGAACCCUGUCCGACAGUUCUCUCAUAUUGUCUAUCCAGGCAAGGAUCAUCCUGCCGCGAUUGAAGUUAGGAGUGGUAUGCUCGAGCGAAAGAGCAAAUAUCUCAAGAAUUAUACCCCUGGAUGGUAUAUCCUAUCUCCCACUCAUCUUCACGAGUUUAAAUCUGCCGAUCGCAUUGCCUCGCAGUCACCAGUAAUGUCUCUUUUCUUACCUGAACAAAAGCUGGGGUCACACUCCGAAGAGGAUUCUUCGUCUCACAAAUUCAUGCUCAAAGGACGACAGACAGGGUCUAUGCAUCGUGGUCAUUCUUGGGUCUUCAGAGCCGAGACUCAUGACACCAUGUUGGCGUGGUUCAACGACAUCAAAGAGCUGACUGAGAAGCGUGGCGAGGAGCGCAACGAAUUCGUCCGCCGUCAGCAUGCUCGUUCCAUUUCUGGCAACAGUUUGAAGCCUGCUAGCAUCAUCAGCUCAGACGGCGCCCUCGAAGAGGACGAGGCUGAUCGCAUCGCAUUCUCGGGUGAACAAUCCGUGCGUGGCAACUCUGUGGCCGAGGGGGCGCUUCUCGCCGGAGCAAGUGGCCUUGGAGUGGCAGGAAUCGACGAUCUCGACGAUAAUCGAUCCGAGGCUGGAUGGCGUCCACCACAACAACGACCUGCACCAGGUGGGCGAUUUCCAUCAGAUGUCAAUGUUCAACGAGGCUUACAAGCACCGCUUUCACCUUCUAGUGGAGAAAGCUCCGAUCGCGACCGGGACAUCAUAGCUGCUGCAGGAAGUCUCCCUGGCAGUGGUAUACCGUUUAUUGGCUCCACCGAACGGCAUACCGAGUUGCAACCUGAUGGGUCUCACAUACAUGAGCCUGCGGGACAGCCACAGUAUACUGCCGGCCACCACCCCAAUAUAACCUCCACAUCACACGGCGCAAUUGCUCCUCAAAGCGGAGCCAGUCAAUAUGGAGAGUGGAUGGCCCCCAUUGGUGUUGGAGUCGUCGGUGCAGCGGCCACCGCAGGAGCUAUUUAUCAUCAUGAGAAGAAAAAAGAACCAACAGAAACAUCACCUGUGGAAGAGGAAAAUUCCGGAAUUCCUUCCUACGGCCACUCAUCUCCACCUAUCCCCGUUGCAACUGUUGCACCCACCGAUGCACCCACGGGUCCGCGUGCAAUGAGCGAGACCACCACCGCGCCCAGUUCAGCUCUAGGGAAUGCGGCAUCUUCAGGCACCGAGACCGGCACAUUGUCGACUGUUCCGACAAGUAUCGGUCAUCCCAGCCAAACGGAGAGUCUUUUUGACGCAAAUGGUGUCUUUGUCGGACCACGAUCUACAGAUACGGCACCUACUGAUUAUACACUGAAAUCGAGAGCCAAAAGCCAGACCACAAUUUCGGACCUGCACAUCCCGGGCGAAUAUCCACCGACACCGGCGCCGAACGAAGAGCCAAAGGUCUAUGGAGCUGUUGUCCAUUGACCUAUUAGGUUCAUAUCAUCUGUUUAAACGGUCACCGAGUUUGGAAUCCUUGGAGUAAGGUGUAACCCGAAGAGGGGCAGUUUUCAAUCCGUCAGCUUAUCGUUUCAGUUUUUUCCUCUGAGAUACCACAAUCGCUAUCUGCAUUUUCCAUUCACAACUCUAACUCUGCAUUGGGGUUGGAUACUUUUUGGUCUUCCGCAAGGUUUGUUCUGGCAGACGAUGAAAGACCCAGGCACACCUGCACAAACGCAUGCGGGAGAUAUUACGAGAAGACCUCAAGCCAGGAGUUAAUGUUAAGGAGGUCCACGAUAUGGGAUAUUUGAACUCGCAGGCCAGGGAAGCUGCCGUGUCUCUUCGAAGCACUGGUGUCAUGUUUGGGAAAUUGAGGUUUAUGUCCUGGUGGAUGAAGUAAUCUACACAACCGAGCAUCUGGAGUGGCGGUUGUCGACAUAUACAAAAAGUGAUGCAUUCAAUCUUGUAUUCAUGGUUGUCUCGUCCUCUCACGUAUGUUUCGACAAUGCGGUCCUAUAGGCACCUGCACAUAGGUACAGCACGUACGAGUAGUCCUGAUAUACAUAGUACUCGUUCAUCUUGGACACGGAGAGACAGACACCCAUCGCAUAAUCAAUCAGUCUUAUCGUUUU